CCGCUUCGCCGCCGCUAUGUUUCAUUGCAUCCCGCUGUGGCGGUGCAACCGUCAUGUGGAGGUGAUCGAUAAGCGCCACUGCUCGCUGGCCGCCGUGCCGGAGGAAAUCUACCGCUACAGCCGCAGCUUAGAAGAACUCCUGCUGGACGCCAACCAGCUGCGAGAAUUGCCCAAGCCUUUUUUUCAACUUAUAAAAUUACGAAAACUUGGGCUUAGCGAUAAUGAAAUCCAGCGACUUCCGCCAGAGAUAGCAAACUUCAUGCAGCUGGUAGAACUUGAUUUGUCUCGAAAUGAUAUUCCUGAAAUCCCUGAAAGCAUCUCAUUUUGCAAAUCAUUACAGGUGGCAGACUUCAGUGGAAAUCCUCUUACAAGGUUGCCUGAAACUUUUCCUGAAUUACAGAACUUAACAUGUCUCUCUGCGAAUGACAUCUCUCUUCAAUCAUUACCUGAAAAUAUUGGAAACCUCUAUAACCUGGCGUCACUGGAAUUAAGGGAGAAUCUAUUAACAUAUUUACCUGAGUCAGUUGCCCAGCUGCAGAGACUAGAAGAACUAGAUUUAGGAAAUAAUGAACUUUAUAAUUUGCCAGGAACUAUAGGUGCACUUUUUAACCUUAAAGACCUCUGGUUAGAUGGAAACCAGUUGGCGGAAAUACCUCAGGAAAUAGGAAACCUGAAAAACCUGCUGUGUCUGGAUAUCUCUGAAAACAAACUGGAAAAGCUACCUGAAGAGAUAAAUGGCCUGACCUCUUUAACUGACCUCCUCAUCUCUCAAAAUAUCCUUGAAAUGUUACCAGAUGGUGUAGGAAAGUUAAAAAAGCUAUCCAUCUUGAAGGUUGACCAGAAUAGGCUUACUCAGUUAACAGAAGCUGUAGGAAACUGUGAAUGUCUUACAGAAUUAGUUCUUACAGAAAAUCAGCUGCUGACUUUGCCAAAGAGCAUUGGAAAACUAAAGAAGCUGAAUAUAUUGAAUGUUGACCGAAAUAAACUUUUAUCUUUACCUAAAGAGAUUGGUGGAUGUUGCAGCUUAAAUGUAUUUUCAGUACGGGACAAUCAAUUAUCUAGGAUUCCACCGGAGAUAUCACAUGCCACAGAGCUUCAUGUUCUUGAUGUAGCUGGAAACAGGUUGAUACAUCUUCCCAUGUCACUGACUAGCUUGAAACUGAAGGCUUUGUGGUUGUCUGAUAACCAGUCUCAGCCUUUGCUUACCUUCCAGACAGAUACAGACCCUGAAAUGGGAGAAAAAAUUUUAACAUGUGUUUUACUUCCUCAAAUGCCUUCUGAGCCUAGUUGCCAAGAUAACCUUCCCCGGUGCGGUGCGUUGGAGAACUUGGUAAAUGAAAUGUCAGAUGAAACGUGGAAUGAACGGGCAGUAAACAGAGUCAGUGCAAUUCGCUUUUUAGAUGAUGAAAAAGAUGAAGAAGACAAUGAGAUGCGGACACUCCUAAGGCGAGCCACUCCACACCCUGGGGAAUUAAAGAACAUGAAAAAGACAGUGGAGAAUUUACGGAAUGAUCUGAAUGCUGCUAAAGGACUGGAUUCAAACAAAAAUGAGGUCAAUAAUGCCAAUGACAGAGUGACCACUUCUGUGUAGAGCCUCACAUCCUGCAGAUUGUUGCUCCCGUGUCUUCUCUCCGCUGUCGAAACAUUUACUGUUGCAUCCUGGAAAUGCCAUCCAUUCAACCCUCCUCAUAUGUAUUUGACCGGCGAUCCAAUUCAUCUUGUCCUUGUGUCAUUUCUUGGGAAGGUGCUUCUUGGCGGAAGAAAAGUGCCCGAUUUCAUUCCAAGCAUUUGAACAGAGCACAAGUGCACUGAGCAAAGUUCUUUGCUGUCAUGUCUCCCAUUUGUCUGUCAGUGACUUUCCACUGUUGUCAUUCCCAUAAAUGUUAAGCUGUUGAUUUCUGGGUUUUUGGAUAAGGGAAAUACACUAUUAUAGAACCGUGGUCGGUUUUCUACUAAGAUAAUCUCCUCAAAUUCCUUCAUGGCUGAACUAUUUAUAUGGCUGUUUGACUUAUCAUGAAAAUAACUAGUUCUAUGGAGAAAUUAUACUUUUACCUCCUGGGCAGCUCAGAUGAUGUAAAUUUUAUAAUUUUGUAUAGAAGUUUCGUAACAAAAAACAGAUUAUGUUUUUAAAAGAAAAUUUUAAAAAAAGUACAUUUUGCUAUUUCUAUUGGAUUAAUUCCAAAGAUGUACAUGAUUGUCCUAUUGCAUGUGCCUUAAUGCAGCCUAAAUCAAGCUAAAAGAAAAUGUAGUGAGAUCAGUUAAAACCAGGGUGCCUCUUUCAAUGUGUUAUCUUGCAAAUAAUUAACAUUUAUUCUCCUUUACAAAAGUUGUUAAAGGCAUCUUUUUUCUACUAUUGUGAUGAUGCUAGAUCCUCAAACUCUGCUUUCCUUAUGAUAUGAUUCAUUGACAAUUAUGAAAAAUAAUUUUGGCUGCCAAAACAUUGCAGUCAUUAGAAUUUCAGUGCCCAUCUUUAACUAUUAACAUCUGUAAACAAGUUUUAAAAAGUGAACAAAAUACACAGCAACUAGUGCCUAUGUUGUGGAAACAAAUGUUAUCUGCUAUACAGACAUGAUAUUCUCAUACAUUUGAAGGUUUUAUAGAUACAUAAGACCUAAUAAAUACCUUAAGAAACACAAUGGCUCAAUAACACUCAUUUUACUAGGAAAUUUUUUUAUUACAUUGGAUGUUGAUUCAUUUGAGUUUCAAUAAAUCAAAGCUCUUGACUAAAUCCUAUGUUAUAAAAUUUAUAAUCAUGGCUGAAAUUUGUUUUGAAAUGUAAGCAACAAGUUCCUAGGGAAGCUAGGAAUUUAUUGCUUACAUUAAAUUUGCUAGAUGCUGACAUUUUCAGGUUUAAAUAGAAUAAAUGUUCUCUAUAAAGUUAUUUUUCAUUUUCCAAUAAUUUGGGAAAAGAAUGAAUAAGUUGACAAUUCAGCUUGUGAUUGUAUUUUAAGUUCAUAUCUUGGUUGUAAAUACUGGUUUACUAUUGAAUUACUGAAUUGGCAAAUAUAUACUGUAUAUGGAAAUAUCCACAAGUAACCGAAUGGGUUUUGAAAACCUUCUCUGCAGUUCCCAAUACACUAAAACUCUAGAUAGUAUGCUUUACAAAAGAUUAUAAAAGAUGAUCUAAUUCUCAAACUCCUAUUUAAUAGGUGAAUAUUCAUCAAUAUAUGAAGUAUAUCUGGAAAGUGUGUGUGUGUGUUUGUGAGUGUGUAUGUAUGUAAAUGUAGUACUUGAGUGUAAUUUUAAUUUAGGGAAAAUACACAGAAAAAUCCCAAUAGCUGAACAUGGCUCCAGGUUUUUCCUUUCUUCUUUUUUAAUUUCCUCGCUGUAAAAGAAAUACCAUCAAAUUGCCUGAGGGAAACCAAAAUGCAUUUUUUUUCUGUAGAGGUUUCUGUCUAUAAAACAUUGUGGGACCAGUUGAGGUGAAUUAAAAAUAUUUAGAUGAAUUAAAAAUAUACUUACCAAGGCAGCUAUAAACAGAUCUGCAUAUGCUUAGUGUUCCAUAUGUUCUUUGAGCAGAAGAGCAUCUUUUGAUGUUUUAAGAGCUUCCUCCAAAUAACUUGCAACUUCCCUGUUAAUAAAUAUGAAUCAUAUAGCAGUUUUUUUCUUCAUACUUUGCUGAUUCUAAUGACAC